AUGUCUUCAAAGAGGGUGAUUACGAUCGGUAUAGGUGGUGCAUCAUGUUCUGGAAAAACGCUUGAAAAGGAUCUUCCAAUUGAUCCAAUAACAAAUUAUACUGAUUGGGAUUGUCCUGACGCAAUAAACUUUCCAUUAUUUUUAUCUACCCUAAAAAAUCUCCAUCAAGUCGGCACAUUACCAACAACAUUCGUAUCUAAUGAAGUAAAUAAUGUUUAUAAAGAUAUUGAAAGAGAUGAAUUAAAUGAGCUGGUUAAACGACUUUCCUUGCGAAUUAAUGAAGUAUUAAGUGCAUCAGCAGGGUGUGAUAAUAAAAAUAUUGAAUGGGAUUUCGUAUUGGUAGAUGGAUUUUUACUUUACUAUGACCCUGAAAUUAUAAAAGAAUUAGAUGUUAAAUUUUUUGUCAAGGCUGAUCGUGAAAUUAUAAAGAAACGAAGAGAAGAACGGAUUUCGUAUGUUACAGUUGAAGGAUAUUACGAAGACCCACCAGAAUAUUUUGAUAAAAUUGUUUGGCCGAAUUAUAUUAAAUUUCACAAACAUUUAUCCCUUAAAGGACAAUCUUCCAAUUUGAUAAAUGGUGAAAAAAGUGAAUUGAUGGUCAUUGAAGAUAUAGUGGCUUUUGACUCGAACCAUGAAGAAAUUUUUGGUGAAAAUCUUGAAAAAGCUGUUGAAACUGUGAUAAAAUUUAUCGAAAAGAAAUGGUGA